UAAAAAGCAGUGUGUUCUCAUCAUUGCAGUAUCUUUUCCCCAAAUGUACUUGCAGCAGUUUAUCAACAUUAUAUAAUGCAGGGAGGGUUCAGGACAAGGAUAAAGAGUUGAUAGCCAGCUUUUAGUGUGCUUGUUUUUUUGAUUCACUUGAUUCAUAGGUCUCAUCUUUACACAAUGUACUUUGAGCUGUUUUUUCUUUUAUUUUUAAUGAUCAGUAUUAUUCUUGAUCCUAAAUAAACAUCCAAGAAAUCCUUUAGAUUUCUAAGCCUGCAGGAGCAGGCUUGAAAGACUGCUUUUAAGAACUAAUCUAGUGUAUGGUUUGUUUCUCAUUCAGUCAAUGACUAUUGCAGUCUAUGUUUUCCUCUUGUUUACCCCCUUUUUCCCUGCCACAGAAGAACGGGUUUUUUACUCCUGCCGUGCGGGGAAAAAAAAAAAAAAAACAAAAAACCCAGCAAAGCAGAAGAAAGGAAGAUCAGGAGAGCAGGAUAGGAAAGCUCUAGCAGUGCUUUUUUUUUUUUUUAGGAGUGAGGGAGCGAGGCUGGGGACCUCCUGUCCUUCAGAGGAGCGGGUUGCCCUUCCCAGGGGCAGGGACGAGGGGGGGAAGAGGGAAGGGGGAGUCGCCUGAAUGCCCCGCGGGGGCAGCAUCACGCCUGCCGUGGCCCCGGGGAGCUCCGGGGACACCCUGCGGCGGAAAGCGCGGGGAGGGGACCGCGGGGGGACGGCGGCUCCGCGGUCGGGGAAGCGGAGGGGCUGAAGAAUGGCGGGAUGGACGGAUGGAUGAGGGAUGAGGGGUAACGGGUGGAGUGAUGGAGGGACGAAGGACGGAUGGAUCGGAGGAUGCAGGGAGGAGAGAUGCAAGGAGGAAGGAUAGAAAAAUGAGAAAAUAAAGGCUGAGGGACGAAGGGAUGGAAGCGCGGAAGGACAGGGGGCUGCCAGAGCGAGCGCCCGAGCUUCCCAGCUUCUCCCCCUGCGCUGCGCGCCCCCGCGCCUCUCCCGGUCCCCCCCUCCCCGCUCCGCCGCUGCGCGUGCCCGCGCCCGGGGCUGACUCUCCUCGCAUCCUCCUCCGGCGGCGGCGACGGCGGCAGCGCCGGGGAUGGGCAGCGAGAGCGCGCCCAGGAGCAGCCCGGGCCCCGCCGCUCGCCCCUGCUCCCGCGCCCGCUGCUGCUCCUGCCCCGCAGCCCCCCGCGCACCGGGGGCAGCGCCGCCGCCGCGCCAUCCGCAGCCCCCGCCUCGGACGGAUAUUUACCCAUUCUGCAAUCUGUCUCAUGAAGCUGCUGUAUUCUAGGAUGCAUCACAGAUGGAAGAUUUUGUCUCCACAGCCACAAUGUACUGAGCAAAUUAUGACAUCGACAUCUAAAGGAAUUUUCAGGCCAUUUUUUAUUAUCUUCAUUAUCCUUGGUUGUUUCAUGGCAUUUAUAUUAAUUUAUAUCAAACCAACAAAUAGCUGGAUCUCUGGUCCUAUAGAAUCAGCCAGUUCAGUGCUGAAAAUGAAGAACUUCUUUUCUUCCAAAACUGAUAAUCUCAAUGAAACUACUGUUUUGAUCUGGGUUUGGCCGUUUGGUCAGACAUUUGAUCUAACAUCCUGCCAAACGAUGUUCAACAUCCCCGGGUGCCAUCUGACUAUUGACCGCUCGCUGUAUAACAGAUCCCACGCUGUCCUCAUUCAUCACAGAGACAUUAGCUGGGAUCUGGCUAAUUUACCUCAGCAAGCCAGGCCACCAUUCCAGAAGUGGAUUUGGAUGAACUUGGAGUCUCCAACUCAUACUCCACAAAAGAGUGGCAUUGAACACCUUUUUAACCUGACCCUGACUUACCGGCGUGAUUCAGAUAUCCAGGUGCCUUAUGGCUUCAUGAUGGUUGGCACCAGCUCCUUCACAUUUGAAGUACCAAGUAAGGAAAACUUGGUCUGUUGGGUUGUGAGUAACUGGAACCCUGAGCAUGCUCGAGUCAAGUAUUACAACGAGCUUAGCAAAUACAUUGAAAUCCACACCUACGGACAAGCCUUCGGAGACUACGUCAACGACAAAAACUUGAUUCCAACUAUCUCCACUUGCAAAUUCUACCUUUCCUUUGAAAAUUCAAUCCACAAAGAUUACAUUACUGAGAAACUCUACAAUGCUCUUCUGGCUGGAUCAGUACCAGUUGUACUGGGUCCUUCCAGAGAAAAUUAUGAGAAUUACAUUCCAGCAGACUCUUUCAUACAUGUGGAAGAUUUUCUCUCCCCCAGAGAGCUGGCAGAAUAUCUUCUGAUGCUUGACAAAAAUAAUAAGAUGUAUCUUAGUUAUUUCAACUGGAAGAAGGAUUUUUCAGUGCAUCUUCCUAGGUUCUGGGAAUCACACGCAUGUCUGGCUUGUGAUCAUGUGAAAAGACACCAGGAAUACAAGUCCAUUGGAAAUUUAGAAAAAUGGUUUUGGAAUUAAUUUGGGGGGGGGGGGAGGGGCAGUGGUGUGGGUGUGGGUGUGUGCGUGUGUGUGCAUUUUUUUGAAGAAGCCAGAAAGGACUUCAGUCCAAGUGGAGAGGAAAGGAAAAGUGAAAAAAAGGAAGGAAAAGAGAAUCUCGUGUCAUGGUUUAUCAGUUAUUCUCUCCUAUUCAUAUUUUGUAAGAGAUUUUAAAAGAUCAGCAGCAGUCAUCAGUACCCAGUUUCAAAUUAUAAUAGAGAUACUAAUUAUGUGCACUGAAGAGUAUUUGAUUGCUUAUUAUAAAUUUAAAACAAAAUUUUCCACAUUUUCUGUGAAACAUGCCCCAGUCUUACACUUGAAGUAGUCAUUUUUAGCAUUUUUUAAACAUUAACUUUGUUGUUUAAGCUAUUUGGAAAAUGAGAAAAUUUUUAAAUGUCAGAGAAAAUUUUAAGAACAUAAUUUGUUGUUCCAGACAGAAAUGUGUGUAAUACUUCAAAACACAGUAAAAUUUCAUAUGUUCAUCUUGCAUUUAAGUACACAGUAGAGUACAAUACCUAACAUUAUGGAAGUGUGAUUAAGUGCUCCCCUUUUAAGGGUAAUGAACCUAGAACUAUAGUUUUAAAAUGUAUUAGAAUAGUGGAUAGUCUUUAUUUCUAAAAAGGUUUCCUAACAAACAGUCCCAUUAUGUUGCUUUAGGAAUAUAUCCCUUCUUACCAUUGAAAGAGGGUCAGAUUUAGAGAAAAUGACCAAAGCCCAGAUUCAUCCAAUUUUUAAGUGUAUUCAAAUGCAUCACACCCUUAGCUCUCAGUAUGUCUCAAGUAUUUUUAACCUGAACCAGGGCUUUAAGUAGUGAGAUAAACAAAUUUUAGCAAAGGUGUUUGAUUACAUCACCCCUAUGCACUGAAUUCAGCUGGUAAUAAUGGAUUUUUAGAAGCAGUUUGCUGAGAAAUUUUAGAAAACUCUCUUAUAUAAUUUCUUGAAUAAUAAUGAAUUUUCCCCCAGUUCUGUAAAGGUCUCAUGAAUUUUUACUGUAGCUGCACAACUUGAUGUUAUGACACAUAAGUGUGGGGAAAAAUUACUAAGCAGUCAGUUUUCUCAGAGAAACAUGCUGAAAUUCAGUAAGUAAGCUAUCAGGUUGCUAUAUAACAUUUCAACCUACUAUACUAAUGAAUUUGGGAAGUUGAAAAUAUUUUGUAUGAGAGGUAUUAAAAAUGCACUCUUCAGAGCAACAGCUGCUAUCAAUAUUUGAUAAUAUAAGUAGAUUUUUAAGUUUUAAAUUUGGUCUAAUAGCAACUACAAAAUUGUGAUGAUUGUCAUAACUUUUAAAAUGUCUGCUUCAAACAUGUAUAAUUGUGGAGCAUAUAAUUUUAUUUUACUACUUUUUUCUUUCAGUUAAGAUAAAUUGCUGAUUGCCAUAUACAUUCCUAUGUACAAGGUUCGUUUAAUGACAUACAUGUAUGGGUACGUUUUGGUAUCAAAUGAAAGCCAGUCAGCUUGGAUUUUCAGGUCAAAGUUCUGCAAAUCAUACCUGCUACUGGGAAAAAAAAAAAAAAAAAAAAAAAAAAAAAAAGUUAAACUGGAAAGACUUCUGCUUAUGUGAUGUAUAAGACCCUUAUCAAGCAAAGUAGUCAAUCAAGUAACUGAGAUUAAAUUUGCAGGAAAAAUGUUGCUGCAGUAAGGAAAUGAGAUAUAAAUUAUAAAUAUUUAGCAAAAGACAAUGGGACUUACUACAGGCUGGAAUAGAAACAAAAAAGGCCAUAAGAGUAAUUAGUUAAAUUUCUAGAAAUGAAAACCCUGUGGAAAAGUUAUGGAAUCACUUCUGCUCUGCCUAUGGUUUCAAAAGCUGUAUUCUGAUCAAGCUAGAUUUCAAUAUACUGUGAAUCACCUAAACUCACCAGCAUUCUAGUAUGCAGCAAGAUAAGCUUACCUUGAAAAUUAAUGCAAUAUAAGGAGUCUUCUAAAAACAAACUUCUUAUGUGCAUGUAGUAUGAGUAGUAUUUUAUCAUUUUGAAGGCAAGUGGCUAUAGCUUAUAGUCUGUCCUACAGGACAUCAAAACAUUUUGUUUUCAGGAGGAGUGUGAAAUUCUCAGUCACUGAACAUACCACUGGUUUGGCUCAAUAACCUGAUUCCCUCAGCGCUGGAAUUAGGAAAUCCUUUGCAUUGACAAAGGAUUUGUCAAUGCAAAGGAAAGUGAAAGGUGAAUGUGUACAACCAUUCCUCACUUCAGAUUAUGAGAGUUUUUCUGUGUGUUAGAAGGCCUUGGGUCCAUAAGACUGGUUUCUUGGCAGCAAGUUCAGCUAAGUCCUUAUAGUAAUAGCAAGCAAGCAUAUAUAAGAUAUAUGAAGUGUUACUACAAAUAUUUGUCUGUGUAUACACAGGAGAGGUUUGAAAUAUACACUGAAUGUUAAUCUUUCAAGUAAUAUCUUUACCUCUGUAAGCACAAGAUCCAGUCAGCAUGGCUAAACUUAGGCUGAAUUUUAAGAAAUGUGAAAGUCUUUUGAUGGAACUGGAAAGAAUGUUGUUCUCUUCACAAGAAGCGCCACACAAGGCUUGUAUAUGGUUAAUUCAGGAAACAUUGCUAAAAUUACUUCAAAGAUAAAUAAAACAUGAGAGAAAGCUAAUCCAGAAUUAUGUAUAAAAAUCAUUAUGAAAUCAAAAAAAUAUACAGGACCCUAAUGCCACACUGGCAUUCUUGAAGAGUAAGUGCUGGAACAAAAUUGAGCCAAUUUUUAUUAAGAUUUUAAGGUGAUCUGCAAGUAUCUGGCCUUAAGCAGUUCUGGAUAUAAAGAUCUUUGUUGACAGAAGAUGAAGAAUUUUUAGGCAUGUUCAGCCUAUAUAGUAAAUGAUGUCAAGCAGUGGAUACAAAACAUCUGUGCUCCAUGCAUGCAAAAAGGCUGCCUACCUAGACCUAGGCAUUUAACUCACCUAAGGCUGCUUCCAGUCUAUAUCUGACAUUCAGCUUGGUGAGGUCUGUGCUUCUUUUGUGAUCUACUCUACAUGAGCAGCAAGCAUAAACAGAAAAAUAACAAAUCAUUGUGAAGACAAUGAGCAAACUCAACCACCUGUGGAAGGAACUAGGCAAAAUAGGUAUUGUGCUUUGGUAUCACUGGCAAAAGAAGAUAAUUGUACCAGAAAAGUGAACUAGAAGAUAAGAAAUCACACCAGUUCUAAUUGUUUUCUCAACAAUUUUCCUUCAGACAUUCGGUUUCUAUUGUUUGCUAGCCCACAACAAUCUUGAGUUGCACUCAUCACAAGUUAACUAAGCAGUCAGUGAAGACACACAGUAUCAUCAUUCUUUCUUUUACAGUGGCUUACUUUGGAUGUUUUUGGCUCUCUGUCAUGCACUGAGCUAUCAACAUAACUACUUUUCUCAGUAUGAAAAAUAAGACCCAGACCAGAUAAAAUACUAGGUGCACAUGCGUUUUUACCCUACUGAAUGUGAGCAGGUACAAGACAAGACUGGCAGCAGAUCCUUCUAAAGCAGUUUUCCCUUUAUUUCAUAGACAAUGUCCACAGCAGAUCUUGCUUAAGUAUGAGAUCCCCAUUCCAUAGUGAAUCUUCUUGCCAGUUUCUUUGAAUGCCUCAUUCCACAUGUCUAUACCACAGUGACCAAGCAGCCUGGGUGAGGCCAUAGAAAGUGGAGACAUCCAGUAACAUAUUUGUCUUUUAAGAAACAGAUCAAAUAAAAUUAAAGUUGGACUGAUAGAUCAUAAAUGUGGGGCUUUGUAGAGUUCAUGCAGGCUACCAUGAGCAAGAUAUGGGAAAUUCACAUCACUGAACAUAAUAAAGAACUACUUGCUCUCUCUGGAUGCUCAUGUUUUUUUCUCAAAAUAGGCUUGAAAAAAAUCCACAUAAUUUUCUCCCAUCUCUAAACAAGCAGUUAAAUAGCCAAUAACUACUCCUUUUUAUUCAAGAAUGGGACUCCUGUUAGUCUUGUACUGUCUUUUUUAUUAGAUGCAGAAUAACAUUCAGGAGAAGAGAGAAGUCUGUCAAUAAGAUAAUUCUAUUUCUUAUCUAGAUUCAAGGAUCUUUAUUGUUAUUUUCUUAUUUGAUUUACAAGUCCUCAUGCAUCAAAAUUUUCUGGACAUGAUACAAAAAGACCUAAAGAAUAUGCAGAUGACCAUGAGACUUAAGUGUGUGCUUAAUUUUAAGAGCAUCUUAAAUGCUUUAAAGUACUGGGGCUCCAGAGAAUAUGUUUUCAUUGCCUUUAGGAAUUGUGCCAAAGAGUGCAAUCUAUAGACAUCAGAGAUCAACUUGUGUGGCCUCUUUUACAUCAUGUCUGUAGAGAGUAAAGAGUGGCUGAGUACUGAGCAGUCCACACUGAAAACCUUGGAUUCAUUCUGAUUUGGUGUCUAACCAAUAAAUCUUCGCCCAACUUUUCUUCUCCUACACCACCUCAGGCCACCCCCUCAGCACAGUACCUCAGCUUACAGCCUGCCCGUGCUGUGCAGGGUUGCUGAACUUCCAUGUGACAUGAAGAAGCCAGAGUGGCUGAGGAUGCUGAGGUAGUAUUUUGAGGCCUGUCCAAGGAUGAAAGCAUAAAACGUGGUCAUGUCCUAAAAUCUGGACUCACUGUGCCCUACAGGGAGUCAGUCUCGGCCAUACCUGAUUUUCCUCAGAGGAAAGUAUUUGGUUCAUUCUAGGUGAGACUGUGAGUAAUCACUGUGUGUGCAAAGUGGGAACAAGAGGUAUCUCUGUGUAGGGUGACAAGGAAGUUUCUGACCUAUUUAAACCUAGCAGUGAAAAUUUAACAAAUACUCAAGUGUUCCUUGGUUAAAACUAGUAUGUUAUUGAGAACAGAGUCCAGGGGAAGUAUUUGUAUAUCUACGUAAAAGCUGGUGGGCUUUUUCAUUAAUUUUGGCUGACAGCCUGUUUUAGAUUUUUUUUGUUGUUGUUAUUGUUUUUAAUAAAAUUGAUUUGAAAAUGUUAGAAAUCAAUCAAUAUGAUUUAUACAAGAUAGUUAUUUCACCUUUAUCUUUUGCUCCUUGCUUGGGCAAAUCUUCUACCAGAGUUAUCAGAUGAUUUGGGAGAUUCCUAUGCUAGUAACAAAGGAUUGAGCCAUGGGUGAAAUGGCUUGGCUAGAAAAACCCUGUCUUAUUCAUGGAUAUUUCCCUUCUAAUAUUUGAAUAUCUAGUUAGUGCUAUGGCCAAUUCUACAUUCAGAGAAUCAAUGUAAAAAGCAUACUGGUUAGACAUGCUCAUAAAAAAGUACAGAAAUACCAAUAAAUUGAUUAUAUAAACCAUGCAGCAGUAAUUUUAAUUCAUGGCACAAUUGCUACAGGGUGAUACAGAUAAAACCAUCAACUUGUGAGAAAUAACUUUGCCUAGAGACUUCAUCCAGCAGUUUUCGUACUGGAGGAAGUCACUUCAUUAGUCUAUUGUAAAUGUAAUUAAUUGGCAAUCUUUUGUGUCACCAUAUUCUCUGCGCUAUUGACUGAAAGCAACAGUCUCUGUGCAGUGAAUAGCUCAGAGGUUCACUCAUGUGGCACAGAGCCUUUCACUCCCAGGUGAGCAGCCAGAGUUAGGACUUGGUUGGUGCAGAUAUCUGUUUGGCAGCCUCUGGUAUGUGGUUCUGUGGUUGCAGGUUUUGCAUUGCUGCUUUCAGCCAAGGAAGGCAAAGAACGGAGCUGGGACUCAUCUGACACCCUCUGUGCAUUUUAUGGCAGGCUCACAGGGUGGUUUAAGACACUCUCACUCCUGUAGCCUGUACCCUGCCUGUUUAUGAGAAUGCAGAAGGCUUUGCUGCUCCAAGUAAUAAGAGAACUAGCAUUUUUUUGAGGUGUGGUGCCAGUCUGUACAAAUGAAUUAUUGAUACUUGGGGGAACUCCUCAUUGACAUUCUUAAGUAAUUAGUUAGCAGGAAAAUAAUUUGCUCAUUGCAAAUUGGCAGCAAAAGCAACUGUUUGUUAUUCUUUAUUAUGAAUUAGUCCAGUGGAAAAGAGGAUUUGAUGAAACUUUAUCCCCCUGGCUUGAUUUACCCUGGCUGGUUCCAGAUAUAGAAAAAUGUUUGAUAGCAAAAUUUGAAAGAUAUAUGGUAAACCAACACAUAUAUAAAAAAUUGGGACAAAUUUCCUACAGAACCUUGAAACUAUAAGUAAGCACUUUAGCAAUUACCAGACAGAAAAUGUUCCCAUCAAUCCAUUUCUUUAUAACAUCAUGAGAAAAGCCAGCCUGAUAUAUGCUGUUUGGCAAUUAAGUUAAUUACAAAACCUUUCUUUGCUGCUUUGUAAUACACAUAAGAGCUGAGAUUAAAAAGUUUGGAAAGUUAACUCCCUUGGUAUAAUUUAAUGUUUUAAAGAAUCCGUGGAUACACUGAAAAGAAAUGAGAAGCUUUUCCAUCUAUUCAAAAUCCUAAUGUGCCAAACUGUUUCCAGUGAAUGAACAAUACAGUUAAGUACACUGACUUUUUAUUAGGAUUUACAAAAUCUUCUAUCAACGCACUGUAAUUUUGCACUAUUUUGUAAGAAAAUUAAAAAAAAAAUAAAAAAAAAUAAAAAAGGAACUGAAAAAGAAGCAGAAAAAAAAUCUAAAAAUAGAUGCCAAAUGUAUAGUUUGUAAAAUACUAUUUUUCUGAUAUAAGGUGUCAUUACAUUGUGAAUCUAACUGUGUUAUUGUAAACUGUGAAAAAUGUGAUGUUCUGUUGUGACACAGGCUAUGAAGGGCCAUUUCUAACACAUAUUAUUCACUGGACUUGUUUAUAUGAAACAUAUUCAUAAAUCUGAGAUCACUUUUAUACUUAUUUUUUGUAGACUAUUUUUCCACAUUUGCAGCACAACUGUUAUUUUAUAUCAAACAUUAAUUUUGCUUUAAAAUAUUAUUUGAAUAGGUGGGUGAGCGUCUUAAAUGUGCCAGAGAUUCAAAUCUGUAACAGAGAUAAUUCAAAAACUAUUCUUUGCCAAACUGUAAUGCUACUGAAAUCAAUGAUGUUUUGUUGAAAAAUAGGCACAAUGUCAAUAAACAUAAGUUUCUAGUCCAAUAAUGAUGACAAUGUCACAUUUUCUAGGAUAAAUGCCUGGUAGUUACAAGCUGCAUUUCCCUGCUGUCUUUCUGUCUUUAUUUCCUGCUGAGGAAAUAAAACUGUAUGCCAUAGCUGAACAUCAUAGAUAUUCAGUCACUUAAAUAUUGUGCCAUGGAUUUGACCUCUGAUAUACAUUAGUGAGGAUUAGGAGGAAAAAAACAAGCUGUUUGUCCUGAUUUAAACUCCGUAUCUGUGAUGGGUCCCAUGAAAAUGGGGUGGUUGUCAAGGCAGGACUGGGACAAUCUCAGCAGGGAGAGUAAGUUCUGUACAUAGAAACAUGUGGAGACAACAUUUAUUGUGUUAGUGAAAGAUCAGGACCAAAGUCCCUUUCUUUUACAUUUGAAUUUACACACAUAACAUUGAGUGUGAUCUGAUAGGAACCCUUUCUUCAAUGUUCCCAGCUAAUGAUAUUCCUUGUACAGACAACUUUCAUGUGUUUUAUGUAAUAUAUAUAUAUAAUGCAUAAAUUCAUGUGUAAGAAAGAGUAACCAUGGCAAAUUAAAUCUUAAUAAAAAUAAUGGUAACCAUUCUUACCUGCAGGCACAUUUUAAGAUGCCAUGUUGAAAGAACUUGUAAAAACCUGUAUUUUUUAUUUAUGAGUGAUUGUAUAUUUUGCCCCAUGAUCUAGACAUUUUAUAUCAGGGAGUCUACCAAAAAGCUUUUUUUUCUUCCCUUUGAACACUACCAUCACCCUGAGAUGCAUCUGGAAAUGUAGAGGUCAACCACUAAUAUUUUGUGGUAUUUUUUUAGUAUGGUGUUGUUGUUGAACUUUCUUCUGAUUACCUAUAGCUAUAUCCAGAGUUUUCAACAUAAUUUAACUGCAGACUGAAGACACCUACUGAAUGAAACUACAGGUAACCAUAAUUAUUUCAAAGACUUUCACCAUUUAUGUGAAAUUAAUAUUUCAGAACACUGAAAUUACAAGAUGGUUAACGAGCAGCUCAUUGACUCUUAUUUAUUGAGCACUGGAAUUCUCCCUAAAGGAUAAACACUGAAUCAUGUAAAUAAUAGUGCUCUAUAUAAGCCUAACAAAAUAUUGUAAUAGGUAUAUUUAAAAUAAAAAGAGAACAUUCCAAGUGUA